AUGAACCCACCCUCGACCCCCUAUCACUACAUCACAAACCACACUGAACCCACCCUCGGAGCCCCCUACCAGCUACGUCACACACUCACAAUGAACCCACCCUCGACCCCCUGCCAGCUACGUCACCACCACAAUGACCCACCUCGACCCCCUACCAGCUACGUCACACACCACAAUGAACCCACCCUCGACCCCCUACCAGCUACCUACGUCACACACCACCAUGAACCCCCCCUCGACCCCCUAAACCAGCUAACGUCACACACCACAAGAACCCCACCCUCGACCCACGCUACCAGCUGCGUCACACCCACACUGAAAACCACCCUCGACCCCCCUACCAGCUACGUCAUCACCACACUGAACCAGCCCUCGACCCCCACCAGCUACAUCACACCACACUGA